GUCCUGUUUUAAAGCUCUAGUCAAACUAAGUCUUCCACCACCAAGAACACUUUAAGCUGGUACUAAAUGACCACUUCGGAGUAAAUUGCAAAAAAGGAACCCUUUUCCCAUACCACGCCUUCCACUACACCUAUUUCAUAUCCUUUUUUUGUAAAGAGCCACACAGAAAAUAGUUUGUUUUGUGAGCCCACCCUGUGCUCUGUUACAUACUUGUUUUGUGUUGCCUGCAGCUUUUUAUCAUUUUUCCUAAACUAGAGAUGGAACUGACAAAAACGGAACCAUUCACACACAUACACGUUGCAACUCUUUGAAGGUGUAAAAACCAGAGCUGGUAGAGAUCUUGUUCAUAUGGGCCCUGGCUUCACAGUUAGCCCUUCAAAAUUGGGGGGUGGGGGGUGGAGGGAGGGGGAACGACCCCAAAAAACAAGAAAUCAUGUGAAAGAAAAACACUUUUAUUGAGGGUUUUGGGUUAUAUUUUGCUAAUGCUUGAUUUAAAGUGCCUUUUUUUUUUUUUUUUUUUUUUUUGGUUUCCUGCAUUCUCGGUGAAAUUAUGAGAUCUAUCAAGUACAAAGGUUUUUUUGUUGUUGUUUGAUAAUUAGCACGUUAGUGCAAAGGCUUAGAGGAGAACUAAGUAUAUUUAUAUCUUCACCCACUAAUAAUAGAAAACACAUAAAUAAACCUUUCUAGAUAAAAGGCAACAUACCUGUAUUUAGGUGUCUAUUUAAUUAUCUCAACAACUCUAAAACUGUGUACAUUUUACUAAAGGGCCAGAAACAGAAACGUUAAGCAACUUGCUUCGGGUCCUACAGCUGCAGUGAGGGAGGCUCUGAUUUGCACUUGGAGUCUGUUCUUUGAUGUUGUAGUAACUGUCAAGUCACCCCAUCUUGCUUUUAUAUUCUUCACCUACCCUUCUUUCUCUUUUGUCUUCCCAUGUGCCUCUGUGCUACCUAAGCCUAAACUACCCAAGUAUUGACAUGUUUUGAAUACUUUUCUGUUAAAAUUUCUGUAUUUCUGAAGCUUUGUAAAUGACAACAAAGGCCAGCCUUCCAAUACAGUAGUAUAGUUUUUUAUUUGUUUUGUUUUUGUUUCGGCUUUUUUAGUCUGGGUCUCUGUAUUAUGUCCCUCUGGCUGUCCUAGAACUGGCUAAUUCAGGCUGGUCCCACACUUAUAGAGAUCUGCCUGCCUCUGCCUCUUAAGUGCUUAGAUUAAAGGCGUGUACCAUUAUGGUAUGUGCUGCCUAGUGUGUAUCACCUGGUGUACAGUCUUGUAGUAAGCCUUUAGUUUUUGCAUUUUUAUUUAAUAUGCAUUAUGGAUGUCAGUAUAAACAUGCAUAUCUUGUUUUAUUUUCUCCCAAACUCCUGAAUAUUCAAGAUAUAUUUAUGAUACAGAUCAACUAUUUCUACUGAUCUGCAUUUAUGUUAGUCCCAACUAUAAAUAGUUCUAUAAUGAGCAUUUCAAGUAUUCCUAUAGAAACCAAUUAGAGGAAAUUUAAGAUUCAGAAUUCACAAUCUGGAGCCAGGUCUGUAAUCCUAGCACGCAGAAUGAUAGGCCAUAGGUUCAAGGCCAUCCUGGGUUAAAUAGUAAGUACCAGCCUAACCAAGGCUGCCACACUUAAGCCCUGUCUAAAAUAAGAAAACCCCGACUGUUUGUAGUUUGAUGGGUAGCACAGGCACCUAGAGGACUAAGUAACCCAGGAAGAUGAUGAGUUUUAGGCCAGCCUAGGGUUCAGAGCCAGACCUUGCCUCCAAGUAACAUGUAAAUAGAAGUAUUUAAAGAUUUUUUUGUUAGUGUGGAUAUUUUAGUUUGAUUGAUUCUGGGGAUCAAACUCAGGGUACAUGAUGGAAAAAUGCCCUGCCACUGAGCUGUACUCUAAGCCCUGGGGAUCUAAUUGCUUAUGAGAGCUACUAAUUUCCUCAUUUUUGCUUCUGAUCUGCAUAUCAGGCAGGAACCUGUUAGUUGCAAAUCAUAGAAAAUUCAAGUAGAUUAGGGAUUUAUUAACUUCCGCACCAUCAAUGGGGGUGGGUUUCAGAUAGAAUCUGACCAGGGCUAUUGUUUUUAUUUUAUUUUUUCAUAAAACUUUUAGUACUGUCUUCUUUUACUGCCAGCUUUGUUCUUGGUAGUAUUGUUAAUGUUUGUGAAAGGAAAGAUUCGUGUUUUAGAACUGUGGAACUCUAAACCUUGAAUACUGGACUUGACUGCAUCAUCCCUACAUCUGUACCCAUGGUCAAGCCAAGGUGGUUGUAGGCCUUGGUCACGUGAACCUUUAAUCUCUGCAGCAAUGAACUCUGAUUGGUUAAAUGCUGGAGUUGGCCUGGAUUCCAUCCGUGUAACCCUCACUGACAACUAAUAGUGGAGAAAUGCGUGCCAGAGCAAAAUAAGAGAUUCCGGCACAGAUUGUCCCCUUUGAACUUGAGACAAGCUCUUUGUGGAUUAUAUUAACUCCUUUUUGCUUUAUAUGUUACAGGUAAUUUUCUCUAAAUUUAUUUUUGUUUGUUUUUCAAGACAGGGUUUCUCUGUGUACCCCUGGCUAUCCUGGAAUUUACUCUGUAGACUUAGGCUGGCCUUGAACUCAUAGAGAUCCACCUGCCUCUGUCUACUGAGAGCUGGUGUGCGCCACCACUGCCAGGCACCUCUAAAUGAAUUCUUUGCUUUUGAACUCAAUUUUAGUAUUUUUUUGUUGUGUGUAUGUUUAAAAUGUUUUAUUAAUCAGUUCUGUUAACUCUUAGUUUAUGGCUUCUAGAUCCUCCUCAUCUAACUAAGCUCAUAAAGAGAUAAUCUCUGGUGUUGGUGGUAGCUUAGGUAGGUAAAGUGUUUGCUGUGCAAGCAUGAGAACUGAGUCCCCAGAAGCUGGGUCUUACAGAAAGUUGGUGUGUAGCUUUUUGGGAUUGUAAUCCCAGCACUAGUAGAGAGAAGAGAUCUAGGGAUUUUUAUUCAGCCAGACUAGCCAAUUUAUUGACAAAUUCCAGGUUUCAUGAGAGACCUUAUCUCAAAAACUAAGGUGAAGAAGUGAUUGACCUAUAACCUCUACUUCCUUGUACACAUAUGCACACACACAGAGACAAACAAAGAUGGUUUCUGAUUUUUUGUUUGUUUUGAGACAGAGUCUCACUGUAGCUCUGGCUGUGUUAGAACUUACUGUGUAGAUCAGGCUGACCUCAAAAUCAUAGAGGUCUGCCUGGCUCUGCCUCCCAGGACUGGGAUUAAAGGAACGUGCUAUCUUGGUCCACUCUGGUAUUUUUAUAUUUUUUAAUGUUUUAAGAUUUUUAUUUACAUGGCAUUUUUUAACUUGUAGUAUGAACUAUGAAUCUUAUUUUUCCAAGUGGUUAGUAAUUUCCCAGCAAAUUUAUUGGUCAAGCCAUCGUUUCUUCAUUUACUUUAAAUUCUGUACUUACAUAUAUUAUAGAUUGUAAUAUCUUUAGAUGUGCUUGUAAGCUGUCAUACACUUUCCGAGGGUUAAGAAUCUGGGGCUACUUUUCUGGGUUGUUCUGACUGGGGUUCCUUAGGGGCUUGUCAUCAGCAUGCCGGGCAGGCUGUGGUCAUCUGAAGGGUUUCCUACACCAGAGGAUCAGCUUCCAAGCUCAGUCACAUGGCUGUUGGCAGGAAGCAUCCGUAUACAGACCUAUCCAGACAGGCAUCUCUGCUCGCCUGCUGGCGUUCCUUGUAGUGAUCUGAGAGACUAAGAUAGAAGCAGCAAUAUUAUUUCUCAUAGUUUGAUUUCCGAAGCAGUGCCAUCACUUCUGACAAAGAGCAGUACAGUGUGGGAGGUAAUCACACCAGACUACAAAACCAAGAGAGAGAUACUGAGGUCAGCUUGGAGGCUGGCCACUACAGCCAUUAUUCGUAAAUCAUUUCAGAAUGACUACCAUCUUGACUUCCACUUUUAGAAACUUGUCAACUACAUCAAAAUGGGCUCUCAGAUCUUCUAUAAGACCUCUGAGCUGUUCUUCCCAACUGCACUCUGCCCCAGCUGUCCAGACCAAGUCAAAGAAGACUUUAGCAAAACCCAAUAUGAAGAAUAUUGUGGUGGUGGAAGGGGUCCGCAUUCCAUUUCUGCUGUCAGGCACUUCGUAUAAAGACCUAAUGCCACAUGACUUGGCUAGAGCUGCACUUUCGGGUUUGUUGCAUCGGACCAAUAUUCCAAAGGAUGUUGUUGAUUAUAUCAUCUUUGGUACAGUUAUUCAGGAAGUGAAAACAAGCAAUGUGGCUAGAGAGGCUGCCCUGGGAGCUGGCUUCUCUGAUAAGACUCCAGCUCACACUGUCACCAUGGCUUGUAUCUCUUCAAACCAAGCCAUGACCACAGCUGUUGGUCUGAUAGCUUCUGGCCAGUGUGAUGUCGUCGUGGCUGGUGGUGUUGAGUUAAUGUCUGAUGUCCCUAUUCGUCAUUCAAGAAAUAUGAGGAAAAUGAUGCUUGAUCUCAAUAAAGCCAAGACUCUGGGCCAGCGCCUGUCCUUACUCAGUAAAUUCAGAUUGAAUUUUCUGUCCCCUGAGCUCCCUGCAGUGGCUGAGUUCUCCACUAAUGAGACCAUGGGCCACUCUGCAGACCGACUGGCUGCUGCCUUUGCUGUUUCUCGAAUGGAACAGGAUGAAUAUGCACUGCGUUCUCAUAGUCUGGCCAAGAAGGCACAGGAUGAAGGACACCUUUCUGAUAUUGUACCCUUCAAAGUACCAGGAAAGGACACAGUUACCAAAGAUAAUGGGAUCCGUCCUUCCUCACUGGAGCAAAUGGCCAAACUAAAACCUGCGUUCAUCAAACCCUAUGGCACAGUGACAGCUGCAAAUUCUUCUUUCCUGACUGAUGGCGCUUCUGCGAUGCUAAUCAUGUCAGAGGACAGAGCUCUGGCCAUGGGUUAUAAACCAAAGGCAUAUUUGAGGGAUUUUAUAUAUGUGUCCCAGGAUCCGAAAGAUCAGCUUUUACUCGGACCAACAUAUGCUACUCCAAAAGUUUUAGAAAAGGCAGGGUUAACCAUGAAUGAUAUCGAUGCUUUUGAAUUUCAUGAAGCCUUCUCAGGCCAGAUUUUAGCUAACUUUAAAGCCAUGGAUUCUGAUUGGUUUGCACAAAACUACAUGGGUAGGAAAACCAAGGUUGGAUCACCUCCUCUGGAGAAGUUUAAUAUCUGGGGCGGAUCACUGUCUCUGGGGCACCCUUUUGGAGCCACUGGCUGUCGGCUGGUCAUGGCAGCUGCCAACAGACUGAGGAAGGAUGGAGGCCAGUAUGCUUUAGUGGCUGCCUGUGCAGCUGGAGGACAGGGUCAUGCUAUGAUUGUGGAAGCUUACCCCAAAUGACUGCUCUAGAAGGAGGCGACCGACUGAUCUCUUCAGCACUUGCACUGGGCAAUGCCAUUUCAAUGCACUACCAAGUGAUACCUGCAGUUCCUAGCUCUUCUUAGGAAACAACAUUUGUGGCCUUCUCUUAAAUACUUUGCAAUCCAGCCUUGCCAGUGUUCGAGGUUUUCGAUAAUCACAGCUUCUGCUCUCUAAGUUCCAGACUAUUACAGAUGUUUGCGCAGUUCCUGUUAUUUCUUUUCACAGAGACUAAUGGCUGCUAGCCACUUGGAGAGAGAGAGGCUAGCUCAGGUUUAGAAUCGUCUUUGUAACAUUUGCAGAUACUCCUUAUUCCUGUCUGUGUCAUAGAGAUAAUUAUUUUUUUCUAAAAUACAAACCGGUGUGCCUAAGUUAACUUACUAUAGAAAAAAAAAUAAUCUAAACAUCUCUUAAACCUGAAAUGCUUAGAGACAUAGAUACCAUGUUGGUUGACCUUAAUAAAGUAGACAUGUAUUAGAGGA